CAGUCCAUACUCGAUUCAACUAAGAUAAACUACGCAGCCUCGAUCGAUCAAUUGACAGAUCAGGCGUAGGAGAGCAUGUUUGCCAUCUCUCCUGAACCUCUGAAAUCAUUCUCAAACUCCUUGCCAACCUCGAGGACGGUCUCUAAGUGAGAAUAGCAUAGGUGUGUUCCAUCGCUGCUUGCUAUGGCAUGUGCUGAACGCACUGCGUUCUUAAUCUAUGCGACAGUGUUAGCAAAGGAACCCCAUUCGACGGUACUAGGGACACUUGCCUGUCUACCGUUGAGGCUGUGCUUGGCCAGGACGUUCAACUGCUUGUCACUGUACACUGCAUCCCCCGUCUCUGUUUUUGUUUCGAGAAAGCUCCUCCAGAUCGCUUUUCUCGUAUCAACGCCUAAGAAACUGUACUUAAUACCAACGUGUAUUCUGCUCUGUACUGCUUCAUCAAAGUCUCUGACCCGGUUCGUGGUAAGUAACAUGAUACCCUUAUAAUACUCAAGCUUCCGUAAAAAGACCGAGACAAGAGAGUUGUGAUUAGAGUCGUGUGAGCGCUUGCACAGAAAGUCAUCAGCUUCAUCGAGGAGAAGUAAAGCCUUCCACUUUUCGGCAACUUCAAACAUCUCACACAAUUGCGCCUCGAGAAGUUUCGCAUCCUUGCUUAAGUUUCCCGCAGAGACCUCCUAGUUAGCACAAAUGGGCGCCAGGUUGAACAUGGAG